AUGCCGGCAGAGAGCAGUCAGGCGCCGAAGCGCCGUCGACUCGUCCGGAUCACUGAUGACGACGACGAGGAGGAGGAGGCCGCGCCUUCUCUGGUCCGGAGACCGCGUAGUCGACCGGACGUAGCGCCGGCCACCACUGAUCGGGUGGCCAGCGAUCCUCCUGCACCGCGCGUCGCAGAGACGGGAGCGCAGGCGCCAGCUGGUAGGACCAGGAGGAGGGUCACCGCAACACACCGGCGAUCUGACCUCGCAGCGUCAGAUGUCAACCCCGACCAGGUCACUGGACAGGGGACGGCCGAGCCUAUUGCCGUCGUUGGACAAGCCACGGGGCAGCCUGCGGCGGCGGCCGCUGCCACGGGCGCCGAGCAACAAUAUGCCCCGGCGAGUGCCAUGGCGAGCACUCCGCCGAGGGAUGAGGAGGCAGCGAGGACCCCUCCCCUGAGUACUGUUGCGGAGGAGGAAGGCAGAAUCCCGACUCCUCCAGCCGGAGAAGGGAGGGUCCCAACACCGCACCGAGCAGGGGCCUCUUCGCCUGUAGGCUCCCCUGGCCUGGACCAGGGGCCAGUGAUGCCCUCGACCGUGGCCGGAGGCAGUGCGGCAAAUGAGGAGCCCCAGACUUGGAGGAAGAGGUUGCGCGCCUCCGACAAGAGAAAGAGCAGCUCGCCUGAGAGCUUGCCGGGGUGCUGGAGGCCGGGCGCCAAGCAGGAGAGGAGCUAG